CCCACAUACAGUAGGCUUACCUAAAUAUUCAACCUCGUCAUCGACCAUCAACUAUCAACCAUUAACUCAUGACAUACCAACGCUUUUUAUUAUCGUAAAUAAUCACACAUCCACAUUUGACAGUCAAAAAAAAACAUUUUCUUUUUUAAUUUGCAUCCUCUCGGGCUUCUCUCGCUAUCUUUUGCACCAAAAUCUUCAUACCCAGAAUGGACAUUUCUAACAAUAGAGACCCGCCUGACCGUCGCUUUUGUUAUCCAGCAACGCUCUCCACAGAUCUUUCUCAACUACACCUUCAAUUGAUCAUCAGUCAAUUCAAGCCUACAAACAAACAUCUGAACCAGUAGUGCCUUCUCUUUUCAGCGACGGCUUCCGAAGACACACAUGACCGAAACUUCAUACUGCUCAACCCAGAUUCAAAGAAUGAAGGCAACUCCGCAGAAACCGGGCCCAAAUGGGUCCCGGGUGGUCAAGCGAAAGUCGACACCUCGACUUGGAGAUGGCUUGUGUGAGGUCCUCAACGGCGUGUCUUGCUCACAUGCUACGGAUAAGAAACCGGUCAUUGCUACUACCGCCAAUGUUCAAUUCCACGACAGAAACAAUUCAACCCCAACUGCUACUUCAGGCACCCCCCCAGACACCAAUGUCACUACACCGGUUUCAUUCACCGGAUCCUUGAACGUCGACCAGAGUCAUGGAGCGAAGGAGCUUGAAGCGUCUACUUUUGACGAGAGUGCUAGCCAUAACAUGUCAACUUUUAUUCCUCAGCACUACGGGCUGUCUUCAGCCACAUUUACCCAAACAUGUCCCCUGCUAUAUCCCGCAACGAGUACCAACUACUAUCAUGAUGAUUGGCCAUCAUCUAUCUCCCCGGUCGCCUCGCCUACGUAUCCGAUUUAUACAACACCAGCUCACAUCUUGUCGGCUAGGAUCUUACAGGAGUCAAGAUUCCAUCGUGAUUUAGCACUCAAUAAAAUCAUUCAGUGGUUCCUUGAUGGAACAUUGUCCUUGUCCGAGACGAAGGAGACGGCCAAGAAGUACGGAUACUGGGACUUCCUUGGGGCUCUGGAGGCGUUGCACGCUACCACGACACCAGACGCUUCCCAAGACAAUGUGAGCCAAGCACAGGAAUUUCCCACUCCAUUCGCUACGAAUCAACCUGCCGGACAUUCAACAUCGCAUACAUCCAACGCCGUACCCCCCGGGACACACUCGGCAUACAUAGAUGCCGCUGAAGCCGCUCGUCGUCACUUUCGCCAGAAGGUAAUGAAGCAUGUCGAUAUAGACAAGCUGUUUGAUCCAAGCAACGAGUCCAAGCUUCAUCUAUUCGUGGACAUAUCCAAUAUUUUCAUUGGCUUCUGCGACGCAAUCAAGGCUUCGAGACGUAUCCCCCAAGGCCACAAAAUACCUGCGCCAGUUUUCUCGUUUAAGACGCUCGCUGUCUUGAUGGAAAGGGGAAGGGCUGUACAGAAAAGAAUCCUAGCCGGGUCUAUACCUGGAUAUUCCGCUAGCAACCCCCGAAAGUACUGGCCACCUUACUUCUCAGAGGCAGAAGAGCUACGUUAUCAGAUGAAUAUAUUCUGUCGUGUUCAGACGAGAAAGCUAAGCCACUCAAAGCGAAGAGGCAGAAAGUCACCUAAAGCCACUUCCCAUGACGUAAACGACCUUAGCACGGGAGAGUCUACUGGGGAUGAUGGGUUGGUUAUGGCCUACGAGGUUCGAAAUGGAGAGCAAGGGGUGGACGAGAACCUCCAUCUCAACAUGAUGAACAGUAUGUGGGAUCAUAUAUCAUGUCCAGGUACCAUCGUACUAGCAACCGGAGACGCAGCAGAAGCUGAAUUCUCCCAUGGAUUCCUACAUUACGCAACCCGAGCACUAGAAAAGGGUUGGAGACUUGAAUUGGUCACAUGGAAACAUUCCAUCUCGUCUGCUUGGACUAAUCCCAAGUUCUCUGGAAAAUAUUCUAGCCAGUUCAGAAUCAUCUACCUAGAUGACUUCCUCGAGGAGCUACAGACAAAGACGGACGGCUAUUCUGUCUAAAGGUCGUUCUCGUUACUCGACCCGCGGUUGUCACUCCGGAUAUGGGCACUGCUGCUUUUUACAUGCCUACAUGAGGGCUAAGAUUCUGUCUCCACCCGGCACGCACCCCAAUUUCGAAUUAUACAUUCCAUCGAUUCCAAUCGUACUAAGAAAUUUUUUAUUUUUUUUCCGUCUC